AAAAAAAAAAAAAAUGGGAAAAACGAUGGCCAACAUUUUGGGGCCGUCGCCUGCCGAGCUUGUGCAGCAUUUUUUCGACGAUCCACGGUAACCGAUCGCAAAUAUACCUGUCGAUAUAACAACAAUUAUGUUCGAUGUAUGUGUCGGGCAUGCCGUUUUCGAAAAUGUGUCGAAUUGGGCAUGAAUGCAAAAAGUUGGUUUAUAUCACUUCUCGCUGUUUCAACGUUUCUCUUGGUGAAAUACCCACAAAAGUAUUUUCACGUGUUUUAA